AUGAAAUUGGGUUUGGGGCAUCCCGGAGUCGCCGUCGAGACCCAUCAUCUCUGUCGGGAUGGCACGCCGUUGCAACAACUCCUGGUCGAGUAUAUAGCAUCUCGGCCUUGUCCUCGACAGGACACUGGCAUCUCAGGAUCAUCAGCAACACCUUCAGCUGUUUCAUCCCCCGCUGAGCUCUGUUGCCCUCGCACGUUGAAGGCACACGACAUCGGAUUGGUCCAAGUGUCCCUUUUCAUUCCAAACAUCACAACAAUGAAGGUGCAGGUUCUGCCUGUCAUUGCCUCGUGUCUGGCAGGCGUCGACGCCGCUGCUAUCGGCGGAGGUGCUACGUUCGGCUUGGGCUCCUUGUUCGGCGGCUUCCUUGGCGGUGGUAUCGGUGUCAACGGCAACAAUCUGGACGUCCAAAGCCUUCAGGUGACACUCCGGAACAUUGCGGGCACCCUGCAGGACGCUGCCAACCCCAUCCGCAAAAACUUCUUCGGCUUCGGAUUUGAGUAUCCUGCCCCCUUGACAGUCGCCCAAUUGGCCUCUGAUCUCUACGAUGUUCAAACCGCGGUGUACAGUGCUCAAGUGCUCUUGAAUAGGGUGGCCAACCCUCAAGUUCCUACCACCGCGCAAGGCCCGAUCUGUACUCUUGUUGCCAACGUCCUCAACGCCGAGAAUGCGCUCGUCACCAAGAUCAACAGCAACGUUGCCACCGGCACCAGCGCCAUCGCUAAGGACGUCUACCUGCCCAAUUUCGGCAAGAGAGGCCCAGGCCAGCAUCUCCUCCCUCCUUCAGAACCUCGUCAACACUGCCCUCGCUUUGCCCGGCCUCAUCAUAAAUGGCUUCGCCAAGAUCCUGCUUCAGUUUCUCAACCUUGGAGGCGUCCUGCAGCCGCCUCCGCCUCUAAGCACUUCCGCCAUCCCGAGUCCUUCGCUGCCUUCUUCGAUUCCUGGAGUGUCACUGUCUCUGCCUACAGCAGGGCCGAGCACCUCGGGCCCGCUGCUGCCGCCGUUCUCCACUCCUUCCCUACCGCCAGUCUCACUGCCUUCGAUUUCCCUGCCCAGCAUCUCGCUGCCGCCGGUGUCGCUUCCGUCGCCUUCUCUUCCCAGCCUAUCGCUGCCGCCAAUCUCGCUGCCUUCAAUCUCCUUGCCCAGUAUUUCACUGCCGCCUAUCUCACUUCCAUCGCUGUCGCUGCCCAGCAUUUCGGUUCCAGCAGCCUCUGUACCCCUCUCGCUCCCGCCGGUUUCUCUGCCUUCGGUUUCUCUACCUUCGCUGAGCCUCUCGCUCCCCCCAGUUUCUCUACCCUCGCCGAGUCUCUCGCUGCCGCCGGUCUCUCUGCCUUCAGUUUCUCUACCUCCGGUUUCUCUACCUUCGCCGAGCCUCUCGCUGCCACCCGUUUCCCUUCCCUCACCAUCGCUGCCCAACCUCUCGUUGAGUCUUUCGCUGGGCCCUACGCUGCCCUCAAUCUCGCUGCCUUCCGGCCCCGGUGCCUCGAGCUCCAGCCGUUCGGUACCACCGGUCUCGCUUCCGUCAAUCUCGGGCCUACCGACGUCUAUUUCCAGCAUUCGUAUCCCUACCUUGUCUACCAGUACUCGUAUCAGUCUGCCGACUCUGCCGAUACUUCCAUUUUAGGCGGAUGCUUUCUGGAGAAUCAGGCACCACCCAAGCUGAAAGCGCGCACAUCAUGA